CACUUAAGGCGCGUGUGAGUGGCAGAGCUCAGGUGGGAGCGCGCAUUUGAGGAUUCACUUUGCUAUUGCGCUAGGAAUAGCGGACAACUUGAAGUCCUCUUUGAGCUUGCCGUGCAAUGCUUUACACCGGUGUGUUAGACAUUUUGUUCAAAGGAGAAAGACAGGAUGGAAGACAAAGGGACUGACAGCGGCGAUCAGGUCUGCGUGGACUGAAAAUAAGAGCGCGCUAUGGAGAUGACUUCUCGCUUUACGCAUCUCGACACGAAGGUGGAUGGCAGACACUGUGAUGGACUCGUCAACCACAACGGGGAGACGACGGAGGUCAGACUGCCGUUGUCGCAGUCGGGGAAGAGACUCGGUCCGAUCGAGGGGGGGAAUCUUUACAGACUGCGGGACAGAAAGUUUCUUCUGGAGGACAAGAAGCGCCUUUGCGCGUGGUCUCUGGGAGCCGCGGUGUUAGGAAUAAUGCUGAUGAUAUUACAUGCCGAACUGUGUCCUGUAGUGUACCAGCCGGGAUCCAUAUAUGCCCUCUCCAUUAAUGGCCUCAUCAGUGUCUCCACUGCUUGUCUGCUCAUUCUCAUCAUUGCUUUUCAUUAUAAAGACAUCAGACUUUUCAUCAUUGACCACAACCAGGUGGACUGGCGAAUCGCCAUGACCAGUAACCGGGUGCUUGGCAUCUCUCUGGAACUCAUUGUAUGUUCUAUCCAUCCUGUGGCUACCUACCUGAGGCCAGAUAUGGGGAACAGGCUGGAGGGGAAAUCAGAGGGAAAUUUCUCUUCUCCUCUCUGCUUGUCCUCCAGUCCCAAAGACGUCUUGCUAGAUGUGGAGCUGCUGCUGUCCGCCCUUAUGUUCCUGAGGCUCUAUCUGGUGCACAGGGCCGUCCUGUUGCACAGCAAGGUUCUCCUGAGCGCUUCUUACAGAAGCAUCGGCUCCCUCAACUACAUCAACUUCACCUUUCGCUUUGUGCUUAAAGUGUUGAUGAACCAGUAUCCCGCCCGCACACUGAUGGUGUUCAUCAUGUUCUUCUGGCUCUCAGCAUCUUGGAUGCUGCGACUGUGCGAGAGGCAGGAACAAGUAGAGACAGGUGGUAUGGACACGGCGCUUUGGCUCAUAGCCAUCACGUUCCUCACAGUGGGCUAUGGAGAUGUGUCCCCUCAUACCAGCUGUGGCAAGUUGGUUUGUCUCUUCACAGGCGUCAUGGGUGUGGCAUGCACUGCUAUGCUGGUAGCAGUCAUGACUAAGAAGUUGGCGCUCAACAAAGGGGAGAAACAUGUGCAUUUCUUCAUGAUGGACAUUCAGAUUUCUAAACGGAUCCGGCAUGCAGCUGCCAACGUGUUAAGAGAGUGCUGGCUGCUACAUCAAACCACCAAAAGAAGCGACAACCGUGGAGAACAUCGACAUCAUCAACGAUGCCUGCUGGAAGCUAUUCGUGUAUUUCGUCACCUGCGGCUUAAACAGAGAAAGCUGAGAGAUUAUGCCAGCGAGAUGGUGGAUCUCUCAAAGAAACCCUCCUGCAUGUGUGUUCUCUGUGUCCACAAACAGAUGCAGAUGAUCAUGUGUGAUCUAAGCGCAAACUGGAACAGCUCUUAUUAUGAUCUUGAACAGAGGAUCAUGUCAAUGGAGCAGAAGCUUGAUGAGCUCAGUCGCUCCUUUCAGAGCACUUCAGAGCUGCUCACACAGGCACUACAUCACAACAGACUGGAUCACAGGUGACAAACUUAUUAUGAAGACCACUAUACUCUGCACCCUCUGAGCGAUCUCCUAAGCCACUUGGUGUGUUGAGCUUAUGAAGGAAUUGUAUGAAGAAGCUUUUCUCUUAUGAGAUUAACAGCAGCAACAGGCACAGAUACUCAUUGUCAUCAUGAUAAAACAUUGAAGUGUUUGUAUUUGGUGUUUUUUAAUGUUUGUAUUGAAAAUGAACUGAAAGGCCAUCAACUUUGGUUUAGUUAAAGGUUGUAAUUUUUAUAGUUUCUAUUUAACAGUGAUACCAGAACUAUGAUCAUUUAUGGAAUUUCUGGUUUUACAUUAAGAACAAAUUUUGUUUAUUUGCAAGACAAGAAGGCCCCUGGAACAGGCUGGCACAGAGCCCUCAAGUCAUGAAAAAAGGAUGUGAAACUUUUUUAUUCUUUGUUUAACUGCAUAUGGACUAGGAGUCCAUAAUAGGUUUAUAGAAGGUUUAGAUCUCUAAAUCACAAGUUUCUCAAAUGCUCUUUACAGAUAUUAGAUGGUUGUAUAUGCAUACUAUCUUUAAUUAUUGUCUUUAUCUGAAUCUGUUGCACAUGGACAAGAAAACUUAAAUAUGCAUAUAGCCUGUGUUUGUUACUUUAAUGAAUGCAUCCGUAACACGCUUGCAACGCAAGUCAAAACAUUUUUAGUAAGUGUCAUGGAUGGGCCAGGCUUUCUCACAUUGACCCUAAUUGAACCACCUACACCCAAAGUUCACUCAAAUAAUAUAUAUAUAAUUAUGGGAAUAUCCAUCAGCUCUGUAUUGUAACAGGGGAUCUGUAAAAUGAUGGCACAUGCAGGCUCUAUUUACACUGAGGAACUGUGUAUUUAUUAGGUUCAUUGAGGCUGUCUGAGGAUGAUUACGUUUUGUUGUUUGUAUCUCCCCCAGGUGGACAAUAAUAUGCAUUGCACAAGUUUGAGACUUGUAAGUUUUAGGAUAUACAGUUACUGAAUUCCUAGCAAUGUAUGCAACAUAAUAAACACAAUGAAGGAGUCAUUCUGAACAGGAGAGCCCAGGCUUUGUUGUAUUUAUAUGAAUGUGUUUUCCAACUGGACCACAAGCAGGAACUUUAGAUGUCAGUUUUACUGCUGUCUUCACUCAUUUUAAACUACUGGCCCAAGGACGUCCAUGAGUGGAACAUUUGAAUAGCACCUGACUCAUUAUUUCACCAAUCAUUAACUGUUGCUGCUUAUAAAGGAGCUUUAAAGCAAACACAGUAAAGCAAACCAUUUGAUUGCUUUUGCUAAAAGUUGAUUAAAUUGUGAAAUCAACAUAAAGAGCUGGUUGAAAAUGAAUGAGAAACGUUUACAGCAUUAUUUUUGCACAUUUUAACAAACCAUCUCAUGUUAAAAGAACUUUGUGUUGUACGAAAAACGAUUAAAGUUAAAAAAAGAGCAACAAAUGUUGAAAUGCUC